GCUGAAUGGCAGCUAGCGUCGGGGUUGCCAGGCAGCGAAUGGCGAGCUCCCGAGUUCAGCCGUCCGCUCCAGACGGAGAGCUACAAGGGGUUGAAUCCGAGGGACUGGUUUAAGCCGAGGGCGGAGCGCGGGCGCGGGCGCUCAGGCUUUGCGGCCGGAAGCCUUGCCCUGAGCCGCUGGAGAGAGCGGGGAUUGAGACCCCUACCAGUGAUAGGCAGUCAUGAAACUGUGGAUGAUUUAAUCCAGCAAAAUUUCCGGUUGGGAACCAGCAUCCUUCAGACUCAGACCCCAAAUGGCGCAGUGGGAGAUGUUGCAGAAUCUCAACAACCCGUUUCAGGACCAGUUGCACCAGCUGUACUCAAACUGCCUCCUGCCGAUGGACAUCCGACAGUACUUAGCUGUCUGGAUUGAAGAUCAGAACUGGCAGGAGGCUGCGCUGGGCAAUGAUGAUUCCAAGGCUACCGUGCUGUUCUUCCACUUCUUGGACCAACUGAACAACGAGUGUGGCCGCUGCAGCCAGGACCCUGAGCGCUUGUUACUACAGCACAACUUGCGAAAAUUCUCUCGGGACAUUCAGGCCUUUCCCCAGGGCCCGACCCAAUUGGCUGAGAUGAUCUUUAAUCUCCUUCUGGAAGAAAAAAGAAUUCUGAUCCAGGCUCAGAGGGCUCAGUUGGAGCAAGGAGAGCCAGCCCUCGAAGCACCCGUAGAGAGCCAGCAGCAUGAGAUCGAAUCCCGGAUCCUGGAAUUAAAGGCUAUGAUGGAGAAGCUGGUGAAAUCCAUUUGCCAACUGAAAGACCAGCAGGAUGUCUUCUGCUUCCGAUAUAAGAUCCAGGCCCAAGAAUUCCCCCACCUGACUCUGACUGAGGUCCUGGUCAGGAUGGAGAGGGGAAGGAGCCCUAGGUCUGAACCUCUGUCUCACUCCUGCUCCUACCAUCCAGUGAACACACUCUCUUUAGACCCCCAUCAGAUGAGACAGCGGCAACUUCUGCAGGAGACUCUCAAUGAACUGGACAAAAGGAGAAAGGAGGUGCUGGAUGCCACCAAAGCAUUGCUAGGCCAAUUAACAACCCUCGUUGAGCUACUGCUGCCCAAGUUGGAGGAAUGGAAAGUCCAGCAGCAGAAAGCCUGCAUUGGAGCCCCUGCAGAUGGGGGGUUGGAACAGUUGGAGAAGUGGUUCACAGCUGGAGCCAAGCUGUUGUUUCACCUGCGCCAGCUGUUGCAGGAGCUGAAGGGAUUGAGUCGCCUGGUUAGCUAUCAGGAUGACCCUCUGACCAAAGGGGUGGACCUGCGGAAGGCCCAGGUCACGGAGUUGCUACAGCACCUGCUCCAAAGAGCCUUUGUGGUAGAAACCCAGCCCUGCAUGCCCCAAACUCCCCAUCGACCCCUCAUCCUCAAGACUGGCAGCAAGUUCACUGUCCAAACAAGGCUGCUGGUGAGACUCCAGGAAGGCAAUGAGUCACUGACUGCAGAAGUCUCCAUUGACAGGACUCCUCCUCCAUCACAAAGCUUCCGGAAGUUCAACAUUCUAACCUCAAACCAGAAAACUUUGACCCCUGAGAAGGGGCAGAGUCAGGGCUUAAUUUGGGACUUCGGCUACCUGACUCUGGUGGAGCAACGUUCAGGUGGUUCAGGAAAGGGCUGCAAUAAGGGAAUGCUGGGUGUGACAGAGGAACUGCACAUCAUCAGUAUUACAGUCAAAUACACCUACCAGGGUCUGAAGCAGGAGCUGAAAACGGACACCCUCCCUGUGGUGAUUAUUUCUAACAUGAACCAAGUCUCCAUUGCCUGGGCCUCGGCUCUUUGGUUCAAUCUGCUUAGCUCAAACCCCCAGAAUCAGCAGUUCUUCUCCAGCCCCCCCAAGGCUCCCUGGAGCUUGCUGGGCCCUGCUCUCAGCUGGCAGUUCUCCUCCUAUGUGGGCCGAGGCCUUGACCCAGACCAGCUGAGCAUGCUGAGGAACAAGCUGUUUGGGCAGAACUCUACGACGGAGGGUGCAUUGUUAUCCUGGGCCGACUUCACUAAGCGAGAGAGCCCUCCUGGCAAGCUACCAUUCUGGACGUGGUUAGACAAAAUUCUGGAGCUGGUACAUGACCACCUGAAGGAUCUCUGGAAUGAUGGACGCAUCAUGGGCUUUGUGAGCCGGAGCCAGGAGCGCAAGCUCCUGAAGAAGACCAUCUCCGGCACCUUUCUCCUGCGCUUCAGUGAAACAUCGGAAGGAGGCAUUACCUGCUCCUGGGUGGAACACCAGGAUGACGACAGGGUGCUCAUCUACUCUGUGCAGCCCUUCACCAAGGACGUGCUGCAGUCUCUCCCACUGACCAAAAUCAUUCGCCACUACCAGCUGCUCACUGAAGAGAACAUCCCCGAGAACCCACUGCGCUUCCUCUACCCCCGGAUCCCCCGGGAUGAGGCUUUCGGGCGCUACUACCAGGAGAAAGUUAAUCUCCAGGAACGGAGGAAAUACCUGAAACAUAAGCUCAUCGUGGUCUCUAACAGACAGGUAGAUGAGCUGCAGCAACUGCCGGACCUUAAGCUGGAGCCGGAAGCGGAGUCACUUGAGCUGGAGUCGGGCCUGGCGCCAUUGCUAGAUCUAGAGCCAGGCCUGGAGUUAGAGCCACUGCUGGAGGUGGGGCUGGACCUGGGGCCUGUGCUGGAGCCCCUGGUGGAGCCCGCACCAGAUGUGGUACAAAGAGCGUCAGAGCCAAACGUGGCAUCAGAGCUGAAGCUGGAGCCUAUUCUAGACCCUGAAUCACCAGCAGUGCCAGAGCAAGAACUGCCAGAUGACCUGAGACACUUGAACACUGGGGAAAUGGAAAUCUUCAGAAACAGUAUGAAGAUUGAAGAAAUCAUGACAAAUGGUGACCCACUGUUUGCUGGACAGAACACCGUGGACGAGGCUUAUGUCUUCCACCCCAGCCAUUUCUACAUGGAAGGGCCCUUGAUUCCUUCUGACUACUAGGAGCGACAUUUCCUCUGUUCUCCCUGUAUCUUUUGUCCUUCCUAGCCCCCACAUCAUGAUGUUGCUCUCCAAGGAUGGAAAACCCAUUCUGAGCUGGUUAACUCUGGGUUUGGGAGUGGGAAGUAAAGGCAGACUAUGGGUAAGGAAUGGGCACCAAAGGAUCAGAAUAGAUGUUAGCCGUGGCUCUAACUGGGAUCUUUGAGGCCAGCUGCUCUUUGGGGAGGUAUAGGAGUUCUGAGGGUAGGCCAGCACAAUUAGGCGGUACUUAGAGGGCUCAGGCACUUGGAGUGGCUUCUUUCUAGUAUGGGAGGAUGUCAACAUUUGAAUAGUUGGUAAAGCUAAUGUGGUGGUGCCCACUAGCAUUGGCCAUCGGUAGGGAACAGAAACGUGAUAGGAUUCCAUUUCUCUCUUCUGGUUCUUUCAUGUCUAGGAUAAAACCUUUUCCUUCCUUCUUCCCCUCACUCCUGAUUAAAGUCCUAAAUUCCUUUGUUUCCUGCAGAGACUGAGAGCUUUCUGCUUCAGCCCACCAUGUGAGGCUCCCCUCAGAAGAAGGGAAUAGGAGAUAAACCUCCUCUGCUUACCAGUCUCCUCCCCUGCCCCGCCGAGCUGGCCACACCCAUUCCUUCCCCUAAAAUGAUCCUGCCAAUCUAAUAUGCCUGUGAAGCUUUGCACAAUAAUUUACUCUGUCUAGUCUCCACUUCCUCAAUGCUUAGGAGACGAAUCACUCUUGGAGGCCAGGGAUGGUAGGGUGGCUGGGAAUUUAGGGAUUGCUUUUUAUAGUAUUAGAAUUUGGUGUUUUUACAGACAAAGAGAAGCCCUGGGUCUUAGAUAUUCCUCUAUUAAGAUAACCAUUCAUUCUUUUGUACCAUAUAUUGCUUAUCUGAAAGAGUUUCUAUUCCUUGGGUGUGGACCUGGUUCAAAAACCAGGUUCCCGGAACUUAGAGCCUUGAAUGUUUAUCAUGGGGCUCCAGACAACCUCACACGUUACUCAUCCCCAGGGAACACCAGGACAACUGCCAUUGCGCUAAAAGGUGUUUCUAGGGGCGCCUGGGUGGCUCAGUCGUUAAGCGUGUGCCUUCGGCUCAGGUCAUGGUCCUGGGGUCCUGGGAUAGAGCCCCACAUCAGGCUCCCUGCUCGGCAGGAAGCCUGAUUCUCCCUCU